AUGGUGAAAUCUGCUGAAGGAACCACUGCACAACAUAGGAGGGAUAGAAAGGUUUACAAUGUUUGGAAGAAAAAGAACUCCAUUACUCGCAUUACGUUACUCAACAGUAUGGAGAAUGACAUUAUGCGAGAAUUCAAGAAGUAUGAGUUGACUCAUGAAAUGUGGAAUGCUCUUAAAGAGCAAUUUGGGGCGACGUCAGUUGCAAAGGUAAAGCAACUAACUGUUAAGUUUGAUACAUAUAAAAAGUGCCCAAACCACAACACGAGGCAACAUCUUCGAGAGAUAACCAAUAUGGUCAAUGAACUUAAUGAUGCUAGUGUAAACCUUACUACUGAACAACAAGUACAAGCUGCCAUCAGAUCUCUACCCCAUAACUGGGAGCAUAUAAAAAUUUAUCUUACUCAUAAUGUGAACAUAAAGACAAUGAUCGAUACUUCACACCAUUUGGAGUUAGAGGAGGAUCGUAUUGAGGUCUCUAAACCUAAUGGUGACAUUUAUAUGAUGGCAUCUAGCUCCAAAGACGCUCCUAAGUUUAAACGUAAAUUUUCUCACAAAUGA